UGUAUCUAGGUGAAUUUUCAUUCUUUUAGUUGGCGGUUUAGUUUCAGUUUUAUUCAUUUUGUUUGGUGAAGCGUUCCAGUCCGGCUUGUGUAUUACAUAUGUAUAUUCUAUUUUGUCUUAGUUCACUUUAGCUUUCGCUUAUGUUAGUAGUGCCAUCAAUGUAAUCUUUAUAUAUACGCGUCUAUUGUUUCAGUUCGGUUGAUCGGCUGAUUUUAAUUCAGUAAGGUUUUGUUUUAUCAGACUAUCGUUGUUCAUCACAUUUUGUUUCUACAUGUUAUUCUAUACUCCUUAUUUAUUAUUGCGUAAUUUUUCUUGUAGGUUAUUUUAUCAAUAAGUUCCAUCCUUAUUUGACCGAGCGCGCGCGAGACUAUGGCACCGCGUAGCCAAAACGUUCCAUUGGCAGGCGACGACAUUGAACGCGGUCUGUACGUUGACGAUGUCGAUGUCCAUUCCAACGGAUCCCGCUCGAAUAGUCCGCACAGCGGCAGCACCGGAUCGGCCUCAAACAACCGCAAUACUAACCUGAUUGUCAAUUACCUGCCACAGCAAAUGACACAAGAGGAAUUUCGUAACCUUUUCGCAUCCAAGGGACCACUGGAAUCAUGUAAACUAGUUCGCGACAAGAUCACUAGUCAAAGUCUUGGCUACGGCUUCGUUAAUUAUGUCUCACCGGAAGAUGCACAGAAAGCGCUGGCUACACUCAAUGGACUGCGUUUACAUCAGAAAGUCAUUAAGGUUUCCUUGGCACGUCCCAGCAGUGAGACAAUUAAAGGAGCAAAUCUUUACGUAAGCGGUUUUCCGAAACGUUGGGAGCCAAAGGAUUUAGAACAGUUUUUCUCGCCGUAUGGAAAAAUCAUUACAUCCAGAAUUUUGAGCGAUUCCGUCUCCGGACUCAGUAAGGGCGUGGGAUUCGUGCGUUUCGACACGCGCAGCCAAGCGGAGCGGGCUAUUGAGCAUCUGCACGGCGUCACACCGGAAGGCCACAAUGAGCAGAUCCAGGUGAAGUUCGCUAAUAAUCCAUCGGCCACGGCGACCGCACUGGCCGCGGCUGCAGCCGCCGCGGCGUCCAUCACACCACCGUUAACCGGACGCGGAAUGGGCUUCGGGAUGUACGCCGGCGCCAAUGGACUCCUGCCGCACGGAUCUUUAUUUCCUGCGCUGGCCGCCUUUGCCAACAACGGCGCCUUGACCGGUGCCGGAACAGCGGGCUUGGGUUUGGGUUUAGCAUCGCCUCUGGGCCUGGGGACGUCGGUGGCCACGGCAUCCACCGGGUCGUCCUCAUCAACCGGAAGUCACAGAAAUCGCAAUACGGCAAUGGGUCCCAUUCAUCACCAGACACCGCGCGUUCGGUACUCUCCCAUGAGCUCUAAUGACAUGCUGGCCGCUGGUAAUCUACUGGGAAGCAAUUUAAUGGGCAUCGGAUUAGGCAACACAACGGCAGGGUUCUCUUCCAGUAAUAGUGCCAGUUCUGGAAGCGGAUGGAGUAUUUUCGUUUACAACCUCGCUCCUGAUACGGAAGAGACAACUUUGUGGCAACUGUUUGGUCCUUUUGGUGGUAUUCAAAGCGUGAAGGUGAUUCGCGAUGCCGUUUCCCAAAAAUGCAAGGGAUUUGCUUUCGUAACCAUGACCAACUACGAAGAAGCAGUUAUGGCAAUACAAAGUUUAAAUGGAUAUAUCCUUGGCAAUCGGGUACUCCAGGUUUCCUUCAAAUCUAAUAAUCGCAAGUGACCAUCCACUUUAAUCUGGUACAUAUGCUAACCGUUCACGGAGGAUAGCUGAAUCUCACUGGACAGCGUUCAACUCUUAAUUUUCGUCUUCUCGUACAUGUAUUCUCAGUGCAGCCGGAAGAAGGAUCUUGAUAUGAUUAUUUCAUUAUAUCGACGUAACUCGUUUUUGGUGUACUGAGUUCAGUAGUGUUUUAAAUUUAUUUUAUGUUUAUUUGAUUCAGUUGAGUUUUAAUAAUUACUCGGUGCUAUUAAGUUAUGUGCGUGCUGUUAUUUGUGUUUUAUGUUCUUAGUUCCGUGCUAAUAAUACAAUCGUCAUUUUUCUGAUUUUCCAUUUUAAACAUUCGAGCACUCAAAGCAUACCAAAGCAGCAGAGUCUAAGGAGCUAGUCGCUUUUUGUUUUAAUUUUCAGUUAUUAAUACGCCCAUAUUUCCCGUUUGUGCUAAUUGUCGUUUUAGGUGCAUUUUGUAUGUGUUGUUAUGUGCACCGUUGUUAGUUAAGUAGCAUGCCAUUGCACAAAUACUGUAACUGGCAUUCCAACUUCGUCAUGCAUUCCAUGGGCGAGCGUCUGACUGAUGACCGUUGGAGCACGGAAAUGUUCCUAUUUAUUCCGUUUAACCUUUUAAGCGGUGAUAUUGUUAAUUUGUAAAUCCUGUGUUGUGUAUUUAAUCUUUGAAAUUGUUCCCGUAUAUCCUUAAAUGGAUGUGGGGCAAUCCAGCUUCAAUUGAUCUCAAUUUGUGCGUUAACAUUCCUGUUUCGCAUAAAUGUUUUAUCGUAUUUUAACUGGAUUCUGGUACACCUCAAUAAAUAAUUAAUGCUUCGUCGCAAAUGUUAGUCGGUAGUGG